AGCUGCAACUUUUGUAUGAACUUCGAAGUUGAAUAAUUGUGAACGAGACGCAGGGGAAACGGUGCUGCUGCUGCUGGAGUAGAUACGAAAACACACAGAAAAAACUCCCGGAAAAACAGCAGGAAUAACGGCCGCACACAGACUGCGCUCAGCUGGCGAUUAUUACGAGGCGGAGAGACGCUCGUGUCGGACUUUUAUCGGAAGGUUUUGUUGGAGAAGAGAUCGCGCGAGGUGGAGAGGGAAGAAGUUCUGCAUAAAGGGAUGAGAGGAGGAAGGUCUGAUCACCUAAUGGUCGCCACACAUGCCUGAAUCAAGCUCACUUUAAAGUUCACUUUCAUCCCGUUAUUGUCAUCGGUCCUCCGUUCUCUGGCCUCUCCAGCUGAGUGGCUGCCCAUGUUUCCUAAGCUUUGUUAUUUCAGCUACACUGCGGGCAUGCUCCAGUGCUGAGCUCCGCCACUUAGCCGUACCAUGACCAGUCUAAAGCGUUCACAGACCGAACGCUCUGUGGGCGGCUCUGUUCCCGCCUCUGAUGAGUUUUAUACUCGCCGUCUGCGCUUGCCCAAUGGAGGUGCGCCGCCCCCUCGUAGUGAAAGUACACACUUGACUGGCACGCCAGGAGUUCCCAAAAUGGGCGUUCGAGCACGGGUUGCUGACUGGCCCCCCAGGAAAGAUGGUGGCAGUGGAGGGAGUGGAGGAAGUGGAGGCAGUGGUGGAAGUAGUGGAAGUGGAGGAGGAGGAGGAGGAAAUGGAGGUGGGGUUUGGCACAUCACAGUGGAAACUGAUUCCCCAUCGACUACCACAGGAAGCGCCCAGAGCAACUUGUCAAGCAAACUUGGCCACCUGAUCAGCCCUCAGGACUCAUCCAUGCUGCGUAACAUUCACAACACGCUGAAAAACAAGAUGCAGAGCAAAGGCAAAGACAAUCGCUUCCUGUCACCUGAUGGCUAUCUUGGAUCGCCACGCAAGGGCAUGCGGCGUAUUCGGCAACGCAGCAACAGUGAUAUCACUAUUAGUGAACUGGAUGGUGAUGGAAGCGAAGGCUGGUCUUUUUCAGGAUGGACCCCCAUGCAUCGAGAGUAUGGCAGUACCUCGUCCAUCGACAAGCAUGGUGUGUCCGGUGAAAGCUUCUUCGACAUGCUCAAAGGCUACACGACAGAUGCUCCGGACCAGCGCAGUCCUGCCCCUGAAAAGCUAAGUGAGUUAUUGACAGUCGCCCAUAAACAGACAGCCCUUGACUUGCCCGAUGGACCUCUUGGACCUCCUCGUGGGAGUCCUGCCAGUCGCCUGAAAGAAAGGGAAAAACAAAUGAAAAGGCGCUCGAAGUCAGAAACUGGUGGAGAGUCCAUAUUUCGGAAGCUGCGGAGUGUCAAAGCCGAAGGCGAUUCGUCACGUGCGGGUUCAGAUGCAGAGGAUGGAAAGUCUGAUGACUUGGGUCCUCCUCCAAAACCAUGGGUCUGCCAGAAAGGGUUUGCACACUUUGAUGUCCAGAGUAUUCUGUUUGACCUGAAUGAGGUCGUGCAGAGUCGGCAAAGUGCCGCCAAGCGGAAGAACACCACCACUGGUGCCUCUGCUGCUGCAGCAGCCUCGGCCUCCAACACUUCAUCUCUCUCGUCCACCCAAAGCGGGGCUUAUGGUUCCCCUUGUGGGAGUCAGGAAGAGCUCAGUGUCAAGGAUGGGCCUUCACUUGACUCAGGUGAUGACAAGAGCAAUGAUUUAGUUCUCAGCUGCCCAUGUUUCCGGAAUGAAAUUGGCGGUGAAGGAGAGAGAAACAUCAGUCCUUCAAAACAGGGCAGUAUUGGCAGUGGUGCCUCCAGCUCUUCUAGAGAUGAAGAAGGAUCUCCUGAAAGGGCUCCCAACACACAUUUUAGCAAUGCUGGGGUGGCUGUUCUUGAGGCCCCCAAGGAUAGCAAGAGUCUCCACCAUGAUCGAGGAAAGAGCAACAUACUUGAACAUGUUGACUUGGGCGCCUAUUAUUACAGGAAGAACUUUUACUUGAGAGAGCACUGGAACUACUUGGGUGUGGACGAGACACUGGGACCAGUAGCUGUCAGCAUUCGUCGGGAGAAAUUGGAAGAUCACAAAGAGCAUGGCCAGCAAUACAACUACAGAAUCAUCUUCAGAACCAGCGAGUUAACAACCAUACGGGGCUCCAUUUUGGAGGAUGCUGUGCCCUCCACUUCCAAGCAUGGCUUGGCUCGAGGCCUGCCGCUUAAAGAGGUGCUGGAUUACCUUGUACCUGAGCUCAAUGCCCACUGCCUCCGACUGGCUCUCAACACACCCAAGGUCACAGAACAGCUGAUGAAACUGGAUGAGCAGGGGCUUAGUUUCCAGCUAAAGGUGGGAGUUAUGUACUGUCAGGCUGGCCAGAGCAGCGAGGAGGAGAUGUACAAUAAUGAGACAGCAGGCCCAGCUCUAGAAGAGUUCCUGCAGCUGCUGGGAGAAAGGGUUCGCCUUAAGGGUUUUUCAAAGUACCGUGCCCAACUGGACACUAAAACGGACUCUACUGGAACACAUUCGUUGUAUACAACUUUCAAAGACUAUGAGAUCAUGUUCCAUGUGUCUACAAUGCUGCCGUACACACCCAAUAAUAAACAGCAGCUUCUAAGGAAAAGACACAUUGGAAACGACAUUGUCACAAUUGUGUUUCAAGAGCCUGGAGCAAAACCCUUCAGUCCCAAGAACAUCCGCUCGCACUUUCAGCAUGUCUUUGUGGUUGUACGAGCGCUCAACCCGUGCACUGAAAAUGCCUGCUACCGUGUGGCAGUGGCUCGCUCACGAGAUGUACCUGCCUUCGGACCACCGAUUCCUGAGGAUGCUACAUUCCCCAAGUCCACCGUAUUUCGAGAUUUUCUGUUGGCCAAGGUCAUCAAUGCUGAAAACGCAGCUCACAAGUCGGACAAGUUCCGGGCCAUGGCCACUCGAACACGGCAGGAGUAUUUGAGGGACUUGGCUGAGCGGCAUGUUACAAGUACACCAAUUGAUCCCUCAGGCAAGUUUCCUUUCAUUUCUCUGGCCCAUAAGCGUAAGGAGAAAACACGGCCAUACCUUGGUGCAGAGCUGCGAAGCCCAGGGGCCAUCACUUGGCCUGUUUACGCUGAGGAUCAUGGGGCCGGAGGAGAACUGGAGGCCCUACUAGCCAUUUCAAAUGACUUUCUAGUGCUGGUGGACCCAGAAGCCAAGGCUGUUGUCUUUAACUGUGCUGUCCGAGAUGUGAUUGGUUGGACACUGGGAAGCCCUGCUUCCAUGAAGAUCUUCUAUGAACGUGGAGAAAACAUCUCUUUGCGUUCAAUGAACAAUAAUACAGAAGACUUCCGGGAGGUUGUUAAACGUUUAGAGCACCUCACUAAAGGCUGUGAAACAUCUGAGAUGACCUUAAGGAGGAACGGACUGGGCCAGCUUGGCUUUCAUGUUAACUAUGAAGGCAUUGUGGCAGAGGUGGAGCCCUAUGGCUACGCCUGGCAAGCAGGGCUGAGGCAAGGCAGCCGAUUAGUCGAAAUUUGCAAGGUGGCUGUGGCAACACUUUCGCAUGAGCAGAUGAUAGACCUGCUCCGCACAUCAGUCACUGUGAAAGUUGUCAUCAUUCCACCCCACGAAGAUGCCACACCUCGCAGAGGCUGUUCAGAACUGCACCGCAUGCCAGUAGUUGAAUACAAGGGCAGCAAUGAGAGCGGCUCCUUCGAGUACAAGUUUCCUUUCCGGAGCAAUAAUAAUAAAUGGCAGCGCACCUCAUCCAGCCCACAGCAGUCCCUCACCGCCUCACCUCAGAGUCACAGCGGGACCCCGAACCGUGCCGUCAGCCUGGGGGCCAGCAUGGGCAAGACCCUCUCUGCCGAGCGGCCAGAAAGAGCUGCCGCCAUCCCCCGCAGCGUGUCCAGCGAUGGGCGACCUCUGGACUCCAAAAGGAUGUCUCCGGGUUCUGAGAACUAUGCCCUGACCUCCUCUCUCAUGUUGGGCCGCUCGCAGCACAACCGCAGUUCUCCCAGUAACCUCUCCUGCUCCAGUGACACGGGCUCAGGCAGCUCCGCUCACUGGAGGCAGAAGUCCAUGCCUGAGGGAUUUGCACACAACAGGCACUCUCCUCUCCCACCGGAGCGGCAAAUGGCUGCAGAGGGAGGAAGCAGCGGCAAGUCGACCCCCAGCUGGCCGAGAGUGGAGGACAGCUCUGACAGACCACCAUCAGAUGCUCCAGUCACCAAGUCUAGCUCAUCCUACUCAGGCGGCCCACGCAUCCAGAGACAGGAGCAGGUGAUUCACCUUUCACCCAAGAAGGGCAGCCAGUCUGAAGGUCCAUACUCACACUCCAGCAGUAAUACCCUCUCCAGCACCACGUCUAGUGGGGGUCACAGCGAUGACAAGUGGUAUGAUCUGGGUAGCGGAGGGAUGGGAGACCAGCCAGAAUCUGAGCCGAAUGGUCUGGGUGGUGGCGGAUACCUGCAGGGCGCUUCAGCUGACAGUGGUAUUGAUGCUACAUCGUACGGCCCCACCACACACGGGAGUUCCAGCUCUCUGCUUGCUGUGGGAUCUUCUGGGGCCAGAGAGAGAGCCCCUUCACCCUGGCACAGCCCCACAGAUGGGGGCCGGAGGGUGCUUGAGCGAUCCCCUCCUGCUGCUGAAUCCCCAGUUUCCCCUGCUGAUGGGCCGCCGACCACUCGAAGCCCUCCGACUCAUCUGCUGGUGCGGGAUGGCAGCACUUACAGCCUGAGUGACAUGGCCUCCUACUCUAGCAACCGUCACUCCUCUGCGGUCAUAAGCUCCAGCCACAGCUCUCCUCGUGAAGACUCUUCCUCCGCCACCUCUCCAUCCUCCUCCUCCUCCCAGAGCUCAGUCUCACCAGGACCCAAGAGUUUCUAUCCUCGCCAAGGAGCCACUAGCAAAUACCUGAUCGGCUGGAGGAAACCAGGCAGCACCAUCAACUCUGUGGACUUUGGGGACACACGCAAAAGACCUCAAGGUGAGGGUACAGACCUGGGUUCAUCUCAAUCCAGGCCCUCUCUUAGGGAUCUGCACUCUCCUCAAGCCAUGUGCAAGUCCACAGUGGAUGACGAUAUGAAGAAACUCAUUAUUACUCCAGAAAGUCCCCCAUCCAUCAAGCACAAGGAGAAGUUGUCCUCCUCUGGUCCAUCGAGCUCAGGACGGCGUUCUCUGCACCGAACACUGUCGGAUGAGAGUAUAUACCGGGGUCAGCGGUUGCCAUCUCUGGGGGACUCUGUUCUGGAGCAGGCUCUGGCCAGUGAUGUGCUUUUCAGCUGCUCGACCCUUCCACGAUCACCCACCACCCGCGGCGCACCGCUACGCAGACCUUCCUACAAAAUGGGCAUCAAGAUGCAUGGUGACCUCUCAGCGUCUGACACCUCUCUAGCAGACCUGCACGAUCGACAGAGGCUGCCUCCACCUGAGCUGGGUCUCAUGCCCCUGCCAGACACAGACACAGACAGCGGCCUGGACUGGACCCACCUCGUAGAUGUGGCCAAUGCUUUCGAGGGUGAGAGAAGACCACAGCGCAUGCAGAGAGGGUUCAUGUUUAGCUCUCAGGACGUCAGUCAGAGAGGAGAGACUUCACUUAGUCCUCAGCAUCUAGAUCUGCAGCCGGUGCCACACACCAGACUCUCCCCCAGUGAGGGACCUUCAAGCUACGGUGGGAAGGUUUCUCAGCUGGAGGCUUUGGUGAAGAUGUUGCAGGAGGAUUUGAAGAAAGAAAGGGAAGAAAAACUGAAACUUCAGGCACAAAUAAAGAGGCUUUGGGAGGACAAUCAGAGGCUGCAAGAAGAGUCUCAAAGCUCUGCUGCCAAGCUCAAGAAGUUCACAGAGUGGGUCUUUAACACCAUCGAUCUGAACUGAGCCAUCUGCAAAAGACAAGAUCAAUAGACUUUUCGAGGACCAGACAGAUGUGGGAGAGACUUCUUCUUCUUUUUUUUCUAACUCCCAUACGCGACCAGAUUAAGAAUUGUCCAUUCACAAUUCAACAAAACUUGAUGUUCACAUUAGCAUUCCUCUAAAAACUGUCAACAUAUCUGUGGUGAUAAUGACCAACGCUGACGACGUGGCUCAAAGUCAGGGGAGGGCAAAAAUGCAAAUCUUCAGGCUUUUUCAGUGAUGACCUCUCCACUCCAAAUCCCUCGGGACAUCAUUAGAAGUGCCCACAGGAGUAACCCAUAACUGGCUGUGAUGCCAGUCUCUGCCUUUCAGGCUGUUUCAUUCUUGUCCCUCCUGUGCCCUACUUACAACUGACAACCUGAUCUUCAGUUUCAGUCGUAUCCCUGCCCUAAGAAGACCCCCAGCCUCAGUUGAAGACUUCUCUGCUAUGCGAUUAUAUUUCAACAUCCAGCACCAUGUUGUGAAAUUUUGUGGGUCUGGAGUUUGUGCUGUUUUUCUCUCUCCAACUGUAGAAAACAUGUUCGCAUGUUCAGGUUGAAAUCAAUCUACAAACACCACUUUCCACUCUGCUUUUCGGAUACCGUUUACGUUUCAAAAAAUGGAACGCCCGCUUUAAAUCCUGAAGGUGGCAUGAAGUGAUUUGCUCAUAAUGAAGUCAAAACUUGUGUUGUGAUGUGAAGUUUCAUCCCAACAUCAAUUGAAGCAAUAGCGGAGAGUCUGAAUCCUUGUCUUAAAGACUGGACUUACGCGAAACCUAACAACUUUGGCAAUAUCCUGCCUCGAUUCCUCUCAAGUACAUCUCAAGUCUGUGGUACGAACGCCAAUUAUCCUACAAGUCUGGAAUUUCAGGACAAGUCUUAUUUUGGGAACAGUUCAGUUAUUUAUUUAGUUUGUUACGAGUGGACAGUUACAAUUCUCUAUGCGUGCAGUACAAAUGGACAUCUGUGAAUAGGGGAUGUCACUUCGUUGGACUCUUUUUAUUUUUGGUAUUUUUAUUUUUAUUUCUAGUAGAGCUGCAGUAUCUUUCGUUGUGCGAGUUGUGGUGCCCUAGUCUGCUAUUGUGUUGCUUUAGUGCCAUCUAGUGGUAUUAAGUGAUCGUCCCACUUGACUUCAGCUCUAAUCUAUUCCAGUUCGUUUCCACGUUGCCUACACACACAGACACACACACACACACACCCACAGUGAUGGAAACCUUCCAUACAAAUAAGAGAUAAUGCUAUAGAAUGCAGACACACGGGUAUUGGAUUCAAUAUCAGGGAUGAGAGGAGGUGCCUUUCUGAGAAAAGGGAAAAAUAGGAGGGAGAAUUAAAAAUAAACAGGCCAAGUUCUUGUCAAAUGCAAUGGGGUUAAAUACAGGAACUAGCAUCAGAAAGAAUGCCUCAAACUGAGUUAUUUUUCGGGUGCUGUGGCCACCAUUGUGCAAUGAGCACAGAACCAGAGGGAUGGCUAAGUAAUAACUGUCCAGGAUCAAUAAUAUCGAACAGCUGCCCUAUAGUCUCACACCCGGUUAUAGCACUUUGCUCUUCUUGUCAGUUCCUCAAUCCCCCAUCUGAAGAUAGCAGCAUUCCCAGAGCAGAAGAGUCAGGCAUCAAAGACCAAAAGUCCUGGCCUACUUGUACAUCAUUGACCCGAGUAAUGUAUAUAAUAUAGAUCUCCAUUAUACUGUUUAUACUGUUCAGCUGGUGUCUCAGUUGAAGAAAGAGGUGGUGGAUUUCUGGAUGCUUUACAUAUUAUGAUGAAGAUGUGCACAAUGGAUCCGGAGGUAACUUCGAUUUGGGUUUGCGAACAGUUAGCAGCCAUAAUCGAUUCUGUUCUAGGAAUCACUCGAAGUGUCUCAGAAAGUGCCUCCUGAUACCAGCAGAGAACGAAACACUAAGAAUGCCAAACAUUUUGCCUCAGUCCAAACGUCCCUGUAACAAGGAAUGAGCUGCAGAACGACGUGAGAUUAUUCAUUUGAUUUCCAGGUUUUGCUGCCUCAGUCGGAAGGUCAAAACCAGAAAAGAUGACUUCUAUUUAUUCUCUCAUCUCUCCCCUCUGGUUUGCUGUUCAUUUUUCACAUUCUCAAGCCUUUCAAGGUAAAUAUUGAUGACUUUGGGAAUGUUAACUCUUUUACAUCUCUCUGAUCUCUUCUGAUUUUGUUCUUCGCUUCCUGAUUUCAGUUCCUUUGCACUGUUUUUUUCUGUAUAAAUUUAUUGCUAUUGUUUUAUGGACAUGCAUAAACAUGGCUCUUGAUGUUGUUUCUUGGUCGUACGUAUGCAGUCACUUUUGAGAGAGAGAGACAAGGCUGGGAUUGUUUUUCCCUCCCCCCACUCUUGAUCUCUUUUAUAUUGUGUCAUUAGACGUUAAUCCAUAUACUCUCCCAUCUAAACUUUACAAAAAAAAAAAAUUGUGUUUUUAAUGAUGUGCACAUUUUAAAAAGGAGCAUUAAGAUUACAAACAAAAAGUACUGUUUACAUAUUCUGUUCAUCUUCUUUGUAAAGUGUAGAGGUUUAAAAAGAGACUUUCCAGUGAUUACAGUAUUAAGGUUUCAUAAAUAAAUAAUAAUAAUAAAAAAACUCGAUUCGAGGUGCUGUAGUUAUUCAUGACCUGGUCAAAAACAAAUGGCUCAUGCUUGCCGCCUGCUCUCUGAGGUGUAAUCUGCCAUUGCUUUCUGAGCCAAUAAAUUAAUUUAAAUGCCAUAGUUGAAUGUCA